GUUCAAAAUAACCAGUGUACUACCCGUAGUAUCUUUGCAUUGCCUUCUUUGCAUUGAGAUCGAGCAGUCGCUGCGGCAUACCCACCAGCCCAAGGCAAAUUCAUGUAACCCACCAGAACCCAUGAUCAGAGAGGCAAUCCCAGCAGUUAGUUGGUAAGUAGUGAGUUUACCCUGCAUACUAGUAGACUUAUAAUCUCAUUAGAACUACCUGAAAGGCAACCAAAAUUGGAUCGACUUCCAAAGAAAAAGAAAGCUUAGUUUUUUUAAGCCCAAAUCCAUCCAUCUACCGUAUUGAAUCAGAGCAAUGACAAACAUACCGACACAAGAAAUUCUGGUGAUUGGCCGUGGUGUGUACACACUUCCACUGUUGCGGAUUCUGGGAUCCGAACAAGAGGAUACGAAGAAAAACAAUGUCAAAGUUACGCUGGCAACAACCGUUGGUUGGAAGGAUGUUGCUGCUGCCAAUCGAUUUGUGGAUAAGGUGGUCACGGUCCCUCGACCCGACAGAGAUUUGGAAGGCUGGACCGAUGCGAUUUGUGAGAUUGCUCGAAGCAAACGCGACAAUCUAGUAAUCAUCCCAGUCAUUGAGGAAACAUUGUUUCUGUCGCUGCCAAAAGUAAAGAAGCAAAUCCUCGAGGCAUCUCCGACCAACACAAGAAUUUGGGUAUCCGCCCACGAAACGUUGAUGCAGCUCAAUGACAAAUUUCAGUUCCAGAAAUGCGUGGCCAAUUUAUUUGGCGAGGACAAAAUCCCUCAGACUUCACUUGUUCAUAAUCAGAAAGACCUGGUUAAAGCUGUUGGAGACUGCUUUGCAAAGAACAAGGCUGCUACUAAGGUUGUGCUCAAACCACUGGCGAGCCAUGGAAGCAUUGGAAAUCACAUGAUCCGCCGAGAGGACUUUGAAUGUCUUUCCACUCAAGAGCUAUUGCGACAAUAUCCAAUUGCCAUGGAGGAAAGUAGUGAACGGAACGACAAUCCCCUCACUGUUCCUUAUGUCGCGCAAGAGUUUGUGGAAGGACACGAGUACUGCACAUUGUCCCUGUGUCUCAAUGGCAAAGUGGUGGCGCAUGUCUGCUACAAGCCUCGCUUUGCCGGAACGCUUGGGUUCUCCCCUAUUCGAGACCUGGCUCCACCUGCCGUUUGGAAGAAAUCAUUGGAGUAUGUUCAGACUGUGGCCAGCAAACUCCAGCUCACAGGGCACUUUGGGUUUGACGUGAUUCAAAGGUUCAACGGAGAACUGGCUGGUUUGGAAUGUAAUCCAAGAGUGACGAAUGGCCUCGCAUUCUUGGCACCACGAUUUUCCGCGGCUAUUGCGGCACAAAUGAAAGCGACCUAUCUCGGUAGCGUCGAGAAUGGCAACCAGCAAAUCAUCUCUCCUACCAAGGAAGCUCACAUCAUGACCACGUUGACAGUCGCGGGCGCUCUGGCCCGAGCAAAGAACAAUUCUGAGCGGAUGGCUAUGUUAGAAGUUGCAGUGACUUCCCAUGAUGAUGUUUGGUGGGGUCGGGAUCCUCUGCCAAUCGUCACCAUGGUAUUGAGGAUUGUGUUCACCGUUGUCUACGCUAUGUUGCAGUUGUACAUUCUUCGACCCUUGGCUGCCGGUAUCGACCGUUCUAGCCGACAAACCGUGUCAGAGUAUAUAAAACAGAAAAUACAGGAUGAGAUUGUUUCGUUUGAUCAGCCCUCGGAAAGGUCCUCCCGAAACACCACACUGGAAACAGUAGGAGGCUUCAACGUCGACAAUGCACGAAGCGAAAGCAAAGGGCUACGAGUCCUCGUCACAGGGGCCACAGGAUUUCUGGGAGGGCGUGUGGUGCGAGCAUUGAAUCAAGGCUGGGACGACAAGACUAUUCCAUUGCCGGAAGCUGUCAAGUCGGUGACGGAAAUCACAGCAACUGGAAGGAACGAGGAGAAGGGGCGACAACUCCUGGCAUCACUCGAUCAAACUCAAGUCAAAGCACAAUUCAAAGUGGCCGACCUGAGCAACACUGAAGAGACAUACAAUCUUGUCAAAAAUCAUGAUGUCGUGAUCCAUUGUGCGGCACUCUGUUCAUUGUGGACAAGAUGGGAUGACUACAUUGCGGCCAACACAACGGCCACGGAAAACAUUGCUCAGGCAUGCCAACUCUCUGGCGUUGGAUUGUUGGUUCACAUUUCUUCUCCAUCGCUUUGCAUUCCGAUCAAUGCCGGUGAUCGAGUGGAUGUGAAAGAGACGGACCCAUUGCCACCCGACAGCGAACAAGCCAACCGCUACAGCACCACCAAAAAAUGGGCAGAAGAUAUUGUACAGGACGUAUCCAAACGAUACAACCUGCCAUCGAUCAUCCUGCGGCCUAGAGCUAUCUUUGGACCUGGCGACACCACAUUAUUUCCGCUCCUGCUUGACCGACUCAAGUCGGGAAAGCUCGGCAUCGUCGGCAAUGGCCACAAGUGUGUCGGUGACUAUACCUACGUCGACAACGUGGUGGCGGCUUGCUUGUGCUGCCUCGGAAAAUCGCCUGCUUCUCUCAAGGUCUACGCCAUCACAAACGACGACUCCAGGCGUUUCUUGGAUGUCGUUCACCAGCUCUGUGACCAACUGAAACUACAACGUCCAUGGAAACGAAUUCCUCGACCUGUCGCCUACACUGUGGCAAGUGUGAUGGAAGGUUUCUCUGCCUUGGCCAUGCUGGCCGGUUACAAAAUUGUCCCUUUGUUCACUCGCUACAGCGUGAACGUUAUCUCUCUCUCUUGUACGUUCGAUAUCUCGGCUGCAAAGCACGAUUUGGGUUACAAACCAGUGGUUUCAUUCGACGAAGGGUGCAAUCGGUUCCUUGACAGCGUCGACCAUUAGUAGGCGACGAAUAUUGGGCUUCUAUGAAAUUCGGGCGGUCUUAUCAUUGUAGGUGAAGGUGAUGUAGCAAAAGCAGAACGGCCAUGGCUGCAAGGCCAGCAGUCCGAAUAUCAUGGUACUGUAGAAAAGAAAGAGAACCUAAGAAACGUAGAGCUCUAUGAAAGGGGCCGUCUUAAAUAGGACUCCUCUU